AUGCUAGAAGGUCUAUUAGCCUUAGUUCUCAAUAGAUAUGUUGGAGAAUACUUAGAUGAUAUCAAUACAGAUAAUCUCUCGAUUGCACUACUUUCAGGGCAAGUUGAACUUGAAAAUGUUCCUUUGAAAAAAAGUGCUUUAUCAAAACUAGAAUUGCCAUUGUCUCUUAAGAGUGGUGUUGUUGGAAAGUUAACGUUAACAAUUCCAAUCACGUCGUUACGUAGUGAACCAUGGAUAGUUAAACUUAGUGAUGUUCUUAUUCUUUUAGAAUCUUCUUUUGAUUAUUAUGAUGAAGAGUAUUUGGAAAGAUGUGAAAUUGAACGAAAAGAAAAAUUACUAUUAGAAUUAGAAGAAUUGCAUAAAAAAGCCAUUUUAAAAAGGAUAAAUUAUUCUUCUUUUGAUGAUUCAGAAAAAAAUCAAUGGUGGGGAGCCUCAAUGAUAACAUCAAUUGUUAAUAAUAUUCAUCUUAUUAUUGAUAACGUACACAUUAGAUAUGAAGAUUGUCAAACUCUUCCGGUACCAUUUAAUUGUGGUAUUAGAAUUCAGAACAUUACUGUUAAUACUGCUAAUAGCCAAUGGAAAACUGGGUUUGUAAAUAAUGACAACGAUAAUUUUUCUUUUAAAAAACUUAAUAUUAAAGGAGUUUCUAUUUAUUGGAAUGGGCAUGAUCAAAUAAUUUCUGAUGUCACUUGUGUUGAUCAAUUACGAGAUUUAUUACUACCUCAAAAUUACAAAAAUAACUGUAAUGUUAUAAAAUCUUUUGGUUUACAAAUGAGAAUGUCUAAAAAUUUAAGUAAAUUACCACUUUUUCAUGAAGAUACACCUAGAUUUAAAAUUGAUAUUCGUCCAACAAAAUUAGAUGUUGAAAUGACAACUCUUCAAUUAUAUCAAUUUAGAGCCUUAAGUAAAGAGUGGGCAAGAAUAGAUAGAGCAAAAAAUUUUAGAAAAUGGAGGCCUUCUGUUUCAAUAAAAGAUGACCCUGCAAAAUGGUGGAAGUUUGCCAUUCUAUGUGUUAAGGAACCUAUUUCAAAAGUAAUUAGUAGAAAUACAAUGAAGUAUGCUUAUAAUCGAGCAAAACUUGUAAAUCAAUACGUUAGAACUUAUGAAAAAAGAUUAAUUUGUUUUUUAAAAAACAAAAUUAAGAAAAUGCCUGAGAUGACUGAAAUUUUGUUAAAACAUUUGACUAUUCUUGAGACUGUCAUAGAAGACACUGAAAAAGCUAGUGAUACAGCAUUUAUAAAACAAAUUGAGAGGGGUAAUGAAAUAAGUUAUUAUGAAUUAAGUAUUUUAAGAGAUGUUUUGGCUAAGAGGAUAAUGAAUGUUAUAGAUAAAGAUAUUGAAAAAAUAUCAUUUGAAAAUAUUGUUAAAGGAAAGGAUGACGAAUUCGAGGAAUUGAUAGCUAAACCAAAAAAUGAUGAUGUUGUUGAAGAUCCAACCUCAACGACAAGUAAUAUAUAUGACUGGUUAACAAGUUGGAUAUCUGGUGCUUCAAAGAAUGGAGAAUUAUUAGAGGAUGAAGAUAAUAAAUUUUUUGACAAAGAAGAAGACUUCUCUUCCAUUAAGUCACAUAUAUUACCACCUAAUUUAAAAAAAGUUGAACAACAGGUUGAGCAAGAAUUAUUUGAUGCCCUUAAUGAAACUUGGGAUGAUACGGCUAUUUUUACAAGAGAUAAAGUAUUAGCAAAUCUCACUAUUCAAAUUGAUAGAAUAAUUUUACGAAUAAUAAAUGAAAAUAAAAUGAAUGAUAUUCCAGCUAGUCGAUGCCUCACAAUGGAUAUGUCUAAUGUUUCUAGUAAAGUUUCAUUUUCAGCACGUGAAAGAAAAACUAAUGUUCUCCUGACUACUGAUAAUUUUAAUAUUCAAUGUACUAAGGUAACUUCAUUACUUCAUGAGAAUACAAUAUCUGAAGUUGAUAAUAUGUCUUGUGCAAGUUUUGAAGAGGAUAUUGAUAAACAAAAUCAUGAUAUGCUUUAUCCUAAUGAGGGUAAUGAUACUAUUCUUGGUUUGUUUGGAGAAACAACAAGUAUUGAUGUUGCUCAGGUGAUGUUUGCUAUUGGAAGAUCUAGUUAUGGAAUGCGUUGUGAUCAAGAAACUGAGACGAAAUCUCCAAUUAUUGUAAUGAGUUAUUCAAGGUUUGCUCCCAAAAGUACAGUUUUUCAUAAAUUUAAUGCUGAAUUAGAACCUAUAUCUGUGACAUAUGAUGAAUCUGCAAUAGAUGAUUUAUAUAGUAUGUUUGGUAUAAAAAAAGAUGAUGAAAUGAAUGGAAAAGAAAUCAUCGAAAAUGAUGGACCAAAACAAGAUGAAUUUAAAAUACGUGAAAAUAAUUUUUAUUGUCAUUUUAAGAUUCCUAUAGUUGAGGUUGAAUUAAAGACAAAAAGAAAAAAUUUAUUUAAUGAUGAAGGAGACUCUGAUGUUGGAGAGUCAUUUGCAACACUUAUGAUGGAAGGUGUUAAUAUUGGCCUUGCAAAAACAGAACAAUUUAUAACCAAAUAUAAAUUUAGUGUUCAAACAAUGUGCCUUCGUGAUAUGUAUGAUAAUAAAUUUGAUAAAAUUUUAGAAAUUCAAAAGAAUAAUGGGCUUAAAUUUGUAAAACCUAUCUCUAAGUCUAAUCCAACAUUAUACUCAACGACAACUAUUGAAAAACGAAAUUCAUCUUUUAAUGAUUUAAGAAUUAAAGAAUAUAACAAUGAUAUGUUUGAUAAAAAAAUAACAGAAAAAAAUAAAUAUUUUAAUAGAAAAAUAUCUGGUUGUGUUUCUAGUGAUUUUGAAAUGUCUGAGACAGAUCAACUUCUGUUAUCUAUAACAUACAUUAAUCGGAAACAUCCACAAUUUUUAACAAAAUACAAAGAGAUAGAAUUUAAUAUUGAUACUCAGAUAUCAGAUGCUAUUGUUGGAAUGAAUCGAAGAAGUUGGAUAUUAAUACAAGAUUUUAUUGGUUUAAUACCAAAAAUUCCAAAAGAUAAAUUUAAUUUUGACAAACAAGACAUUGAUUUAUUUACAAAAUUUUUAGAACAAAGUGGUUUAGAUACUGAUAAAACUGUCAAAGUUACAGAAAAGUAUUUGUCAAAAGUUAUAGAUAUUUGUAAACCAUCUAGUAAUAUGAAAAUAAAUAUUUCUAUGGAUACUUUGAAAAUUUUUAUGAAUUUUCCUAGAGCAAAUACAUAUCUUGGUUCAAUUGAUCUUGAUGAUGUUAAUUUAUGUAUAAAUUUUGAUAGAAAUAAUGAUAAGACUCCUAUGUUAAUGAAUGUGUCUUUAAGUAAAUUAUUAGUUAAUAGUAAUACAUGUAGUUAUAGUUAUUUGUAUCCCAAUAUUAUUUCAAUUUGUAAUAUGGGAAAUGAUGGUACAAAAAAUGGUAUAAACUUUACUAUUGAAAAAAAUCGGACAACUGACUUAUCUUUAGAAAGACCAUAUGAUAUGGCAAUAUCAAUGAAUGUUGAUAAAAACUAUAGAUUUGCCUAUUUUCACAUUCAAAGAUUUCUCAUCACAUUUUCUGACUUUUGGACAAAUUUUUUGGAUCUCCAAGAACAAAUAACAAAGAAACGAUUAGUUAAUAUAGAUGAAAUAGGAGAAUGUAAAUUAAAAGGAAGAAUUUCAUUAAAUUUAAAUAUUAACUGUGAAGUAAAUAUAAUUUUACCUUUAAAUCAAUAUAGUACUCAAUGUAUGAUUUUACAAUCUACAAGUUUAUUAUUAUCCAAUAAAUUUGAAUUAGCUUCUAAGACUAAUUUUUAUGAUGAAUAUGUAAUUGAAAAAAAUGCUAUGCAAGAUGGUGCAGAUUGCCUUCUUGAUAAUAUGGAAAUUUUAUUACAAAAUUUAAAAAUAUAUGAAGGUCGUAGGGUACCAAAAAAUUCUAACAAAACUUGUUUACCUUUAUUUUUUUUUAAAGAAAGUGAAAUUGAAGUUUUAUCAAAGUCAAUUCUUGGUAAAGAUUAUGAUCUUCGAGUUUUAUUUAGUAGAAAUUUAUCAAAUUUUAUAUCUAGAAAUGUUCCUAAUAUGUCUGCAGUUCUUUUUUUUAAAGAUAUAGAUAUUACUUUUACAACAGAAUUUUAUAAAUUACUAAGAGGAUUUUUAGAUAAGAAUCUUGGUGAUUCUAUUAUUCAAGAUCCUGAUACAAUACCAUUAGAAUGUUUAUUAAGACCAGCACAGGAUAUUGAUGCAGAACAACUGAAAAGUUUUAUUAACUUUUCUUUUAGAAUUCAAUUUGACAAUGUAAAUCUUCAUUUAUUGACACCAAUAAAAAAUUCAUAUGACUAUGAAAAUUUAGGAACACUCGUUUUUAAUGAUGUACUUUUAAGUUUUGAUAGUUAUGUAGAGAAUCACUCAGAAUUAAAUUUAGUUUGUUAUUCUAUUUUACUACAAGAUUCUAGAAAUAAUUCAUCAAAUGAAAAAGAAAAUUUUUUUAAAAAUACUCUUUUAUCAAAAUAUCAAAAUUCAAAAAGUAAAAGUGUUUUUACUGAGAUACACGUUUUAAUGAAAAAAGAUGAAGCUCCAAAAGUUACAUUUGUUCUUCAGAAAAUUCGUAUACUUUGUAUAUUAGAUUGGUAUAUAAAUAUUAAAGAUUUUAUACUUUUAACAACAGAUUUUGUUUUACCAACUGAACAAGAAGUAUCAAUGUCAAAAGAAUUUAAUAGCCUUUUUGAUAAUCAAGAGAUGCCAAUAAAUAAAAAUGUUUCAGUAAUGGUACAUGAAAGAAAACAUACAAUUUCAUUAAAGUUACAAUUAACCGAUACAGAUUUUAUAUUUUUUGAAAAUAAUUCAGAUCCCAAAAGUUUGUCGCUAAUUUUAUCAUAUACUGGAAGUCUUUAUCUUGAUGACAUUAAUGGACAACUAAAUGUAAAAUUGGAAGUAAUGAAUACACAAUUAAGUUGGUCAAUAUUUAUGUCAGAAAAAGAUACAAUAUGUUUAAUUUCAACUCCAAUGAAAUUUUCAGUAGAAUUGGGUUGUGAAACAUCAAAAUUAACUUUAACUGAAAAGGUUGCCUCAUUAAUAGCAGGAAUACGUUUAGAAGAAAAACUUCCUAAACAUGUAUGUACAUGUUAUGUUAAAGAGUCAAGUUUUAGAUUAUCUUAUAAAGAUGCUUUAGUUGUUAAUAGUGUUGUUAGUGGAACAAUUGAAAAUUUUAAAAAAUUAUCAAAUCAUGAGCAUUGGAAACCACUACCAAAUAAUAAUCCAACUGCAUUUAAUUCAACAAAAAUAAAAAAAAUUCAAAUAAAUAUAUCACAAUUUUCUUUUUGGUUUUUGGAUGAUUUUAAAGGUCCAGCUGUUUCUAUAAUGAGAAUUUGUGCCUCAAAUACAAUUAUUGAAAAGAUUUAUAAUGACUUUAAUUGUAAAGGUUCAAUUAGUAUGGAAUACUAUAAUUCUAAGUUAGGUGAUUGGGAACAAUUAUUGAAUCCUGUUAUCAUUGAUUCAUUAACUAUAACUCAACCAAAAAAUGAAAAGAAAAUUAUUAAUAUAAAAAUUGAUAAAGAUUCACCAUUAGAUUUUAAUAUAACAACAUCUUUUAUACAUCUCUGUAAUACAUUAUCAAAAAAAUUUCCUUAUAUGAUUAAAACAAUUGAUGAAAAUUUUAAGACAUGGUGCCGAAGAGGAAGAACUAAUCAGGUGUCGUAUUCUUUUAAAAAUGAUACUGGUUGUGAUAUAGCAUUUACAUAUCAAGUAGAUAAAAUUCAUUCAAAAGAUAGUACUUUACAAAAAUCAGUAAAAUGGUUUCAUGUUGGUGUAGAUAAAAAUGUACUAUUCACUUUACCUAUAAGUAGGUCUCAUUUAUAUGAUACUGUUAAUACAAAUCAAAAUAAAUUAGCUAUAUUUAUUGAUGGGUAUGAAGAACUUCCAAUUAUAAGUCUUGAAUCAAUAAAAAUGUUUACAGUUUAUGGUAAACGAAAAAAUAAUUCAAAAUUUAAGAAUGGAGGAUAUAAAACAAAAAUUAUUAUAUCAAUAACAAUGGAUACUGAUGGUAGAAAAAGUAUCUCAAUUAGAUCACAAUUUUCAAUUAUUAAUUAUUUAACGGUACCUUUUAUGCUUCGUAUAGAUAAUACAGAUUAUGGUGAAAUAGAAUGGAAAAAAGUAAGAAUAGAAUCUCAAACAAAUUAUUAUGUACCAUUAAAUUAUGUUAAUGCAAGAAUAUAUGGAAGAUCAUUGUUAGAUGAUACAGAAAUUUUACCUAAUAAAAUAUCUGAAUAUAUUAUAAUUGAUCUAAAAGAUGAAUAUUUUUCUAAACUUUAUCAAGAACCAAUUUUAAAAAAAUAUAAACAUAGUAAUGGUGAAAUAUCAUAUGCAUAUAUUUCAAGUAAACAAGAUGAUAAAGUUUAUUUAUAUAAAAAUAUUCCAGGACAAAUUAUUACAAUAUUUUCACCACUUAUCAUUAGAAAUCAAUUACCUACAGAUGUUCAAUGUUUAGUUAAUAAUAAAAAUUAUUUAUGUAAAUCUUCAAAAAAUAUUUCAAUGGUUGAUGUUAAUAUUAAUGAAAUUAUAGAAAUUAAAUUUAUGACUGAAAAACUUGUCUCAAUUAAACCUAUUAAUAUUAAUAAAGAAAAUAUUAAAAAAGAAAAUGAUGAAAAAUCACUUAUUAUAAGUAUGGAAGAUGAACAGGGUAGACAAUUAGAUAUUUAUGCUAAUAUAUUUUUAGCUAAAAGUGGAUCUAUUGUUAUUGUUAUAUGGGUAACAUAUUGGGUUGUUAAUAAAUCAGGAAUUCCAUUAAUUGUAAAAAAACGUGGUUCAUCUUCUGAUGUUGCUGGACAGUUACCAGAACAUGAAUAUGCUAAAGAUAAAAAUCCAUUAAUAUUAUCAUUUAAAGAUGAUGAAGAAAUAAAAAAAUGUAAAGUUCGUAUAGGAAAUAAAUUUGCUCCAAAUAAAGAAUAUAUAUCAGAGUAUUCUAAUUCAUUUAAAUUAACACCUGGUGAACAUUCAUUAACAUUAUUUCUUAGACAUCCUAAUGAACCAACAUUAAUAUAUAAUAUUGGUGUUGAAAUAAGUCAAGGAACAGGAAAAUAUAAAAAUACACAAGUAAUUAUUUUUACACCAAGAUAUUUAUUAAUAAAUAGAAGUUCACAUAAAAUUCAUGUAACACAUUCUGAUGAUAUAUACUCAAAAGAUAAAGUUAUUCUUGAUUCAACAUCAAAUGUUAUUUGGAAUGAAUCAUUUGAAGAUAAUAAAAUGAUUUGUGUAAGAAGAGAUGAUGUUAAAUAUUGGUCACAACCAUUUAAAAUUAAUCAAGUUGAUUCAUUUCAUGUUAAUAUGCGAGCAUAUGAUGAAACUCCAAAUUUUAUUAGAGUUGAAAUAACAUUAAAUAAUGCUAGAUUUUGUAUAACAUUUACUGAUACUGAUUUAUAUCCACCACCUAUACAAAUAAUUAAUGAUUCACAUAUACCAGUAUUGUAUUAUCAACAAAUGGAAACUUCAAUACCAAGUUAUUUACGUUCAAUUUGUAAGGCACACAGUAAAAUUGAUUAUUCAUGGGAUAAUCUUUGUGGAAAAAAAUUUCUUACAUUACAAGCAUCAUCUUUUCAAAGUAAUACAUAUGAUUUAAGUAAACCAACAUUUGGACCACCAUUAAAUUAUGAAAAUUAUUCAUAUAUCUUUUUAAAAUCAACUAUUCAAUAUAAUGAUAAUAAUUCUAAGACAAUUGCUUCAAUGAAAGGUCGGGUAAUGACAAUAGUUGAAAAUAAUCGAGUAAGAUUAAUUUCAAUUAAAAAAAAUCUUCCUGAUUGUACACAGUUAUGGAAUAUUACUGAUGAAGGUUAUAUUGAAAAUGUAUCAUUAAAGACAAUUGAAAAUGAUGCUCCAGUAUCAUAUGUAUUAGAUGUUAAUAAAGAUAGUACAAAUUAUGAAUUAUUUAUUAAUAGAAAAGAUUUAUCAAGAAAAAAAACACAAUUAUGGAAAUUUGAUAAAGAUGGUAGAAUAAGAUGUGGAUUAAUUGAUUAUUAUAUAAAAAGAAAUGAUAAAAAUUAUCUUUAUUUAGAAAAGUCUUGUGAAAUAUCAUUAUUAGAUGAAAAUGAUUCAGAAUUUAUACAUAUAUUUCAAAAAGAAGGUGAUGGUAUUCUUAAUGUUAUAUCAAAUUAUGAAGGACCAACACUUGUUGUAAGAAUAUCUGAUUAUAAUUCAAGAAAAAAUAGUGAAAUUAUAUCUACAGGAAAUAAAGAUUCUUUAUAUGAUAUUAAUUUUUAUAUACCAAAAGGAAUUGGAGUAUCACUAAUUAAUAAUUCAUAUGAAGAAUUAAUUUAUGGAAGAUUAUGUGGUGUAUAUUUAAAUGUUACUGUAAAAGAUGCCUCAUAUGAAGGAACAUUAAAUGUAAAAUCAAUACAAAUAGAUAAUCAAAUAGAAGAAUCUCAACAAUUUCAUUUUAUUUAUUGUGAUUCACUUGAUGAAAGAUUUAGAGAUGAUUUUUAUAUACAAAAUGAUCAAGAUACAAAUUUAUUAUACUAUUCAUCAUCACCAGCACUUAAAAUUGAAUUAAAUUGGAUACCAAAAGAACAUUAUGAUUGUUUUGAAUGCCUAAGAAUAUUAUUUUCAAACAUUAAUAUUAAUUUAGAUGAAUUACUUUUAUGGAAAUUUUUUGAAUUUAUUCAAGAAUCAACUACAAAUGAUAAUAAUUUAUUAUCUGAUAAUUUUAAUCAACCACCAAGUAUAGAUUUAGAUUGUAUUGAUGUUAAAUCAGCUAGAAGAUGUUAUUUUGGUACAUUACAUUUAAAAGUUGGAAAUGUUAGUUUAUCAAUUAAUACAAUACCAUUUAAUGGUAUGCCUAAAAGAUUAAGAAAAUUUAAAAGUAAUUUUAAUAUUCAAUUGAUAAGUUUUGAAAAUGCUAUAAUAUCAUUACCACCAUUUAAACAAGAACAUACAUUUGAAACAUUAAGUUUUCUUGCUGAAUCUUUAAGUAAAUUUUAUAUAAGUGAAUUGAAAACACAAACAUUUAGAAUUAUUGUUUCAUUAGAUGCAUUUGGAAAUCCUUUAGGUCUUGCAACAGAUAUCAAAGAAAGUUUUCAGGCAUUAGUUUUCGAAGGAGAUUUAACUGGUUUUGUUAGUGGUUUUGGUUAUGGUGUAGCUAAUAGUUUCUCAAAAGUAGUUGCAUCUGUUGCCAAUGGUAUUGGUACAUUGACAUAUGAUGAGAAUCAUGAAUUAUUACGUAGGAAAGCAAUAAAAUCAUCAAAUGAAACAAGUCAAAAUAAUCCAUUAACACAUCUUUAUUCAGGUUUCAAAGGAUUAGGUGUUGGUGUUAUAGGUGGUAUAACUGCUAUAGCAAGUAACACAGCAAAAGAAACACAAAAAGAAGGUAUACUAGUAGGUUCUGUAAAAGGUAUAGGAACAGGAGUCGUUGAUACAUUUACUAAACCAAUCCAAGGAGUAUUCGAUUUUAUUGGUGGUACAGCAUUAGCAAUGAAAGAAAUUGCCGGUAGUGGAUAUAUGAAAAAAAGUAACAUUCCAACAGUACGUCUUCGUCCACAGGGUCAUCAUCAACGUUUCCAAAACUCAGAACUAAAAACUCGCCUGUUUACACAUAAUAACAAUCCUGGUAUUAUAUAG